GACGUUAAUGUUGCUGCGUGGCUCUUGCCUCACCAGGUCCCUCCAGGUUUCUUUCUCUUUCCGAUUUACGCAUAUCGUGCGAGGCCAUAGUUGACUCGUGUCUGCAGGCGUCGCCCCUAGAGCAGCCUAGGCGUUACUAGGCAUCGGCCAGGCCAGCGAGGGAGGGGGAGCCGGAUCGGUGUGAGUGCGGCGCGGUGCCGGGUCAGCGUGAGGAGUGUGUGCGCGGGACGGUCGGUUGCGAGGCAGAGCUGGUCUCACGCCGCGAGCCGAGGCAGUGCUCGACGGGGCUCCACCUUGGCCGCCCGUAUUGCACCUCGGCCUCUUUCUCACGCCCACCACACUGACUUCCACCUACUACACUCACGCCCGCUACACUGAUCUCCGCCCACGUUCACGCUGCUACCGUGUACACCCGCACCCCCCGCCACACACCACGCCGCGACACGCCACAUUCGGUAUCUCCCCCGGACGCCUCCCCGCGCAUAGAAGUGCAAAUAAUGAAGAUAACACGAACUGGAUAUAUACCUUUAUCUGAGUGAUAGAUGGAUGUGACAUAACCCGCCCCAGUGAGUGAUCCGUGGAUAAAUGAUGUGGCUGAGGCCCAUGGAUAAUGCCAAGCCUAUGUACGAUGUGUCAUUCAGCAUCUCCAUCUCGUCUGCCACACACAGCCGUGGAGGUGAUGGCGAGCGCGGGCUGAGGGGGGGACGCUCCUAGAUGGCGCAGGUAGACAGAGGGCGCGCCCGCCUGCCUCCUCCUCCUCCGCCACCCCGCCCGCGCGAUGGACGGUCGCCAUGCACACGCUCACGCCACGGCAGGACCAAAACCACUCGUCUUCGCCAAGGUCUUGCAUAAGGAAAUGGAGGCGCUGGUGAGAGAGAUGCAGGACCCGGAGACUGGGGUGCCCAUUCGAAGCCAGAAAUGGUUUCUCACUUCCAUCCCGUCUUCUUUUAUGGGAUACGAUCUCAUCGAGUGGUUGAUGGAGCGCCUGGAGAUCGAAGACUCAGUCCUUGCCCCAGCCUACCUCGCCAAAGCCGAGGCCAUCCACCUGGCCAACCUGCUGUGUCAGUACGGGUACUUCUUCCCGGUCGGCGAGUCCCGCUCCCUCAUCGUCAAGGAUGACUCCUCGCUCUACAGGUUCCAGACGCCGUACUACUGGCCAUCACAAAACCACAGCGCCGACUCCACCGACUACGCCAUCUACCUGACCAAACGGCUGUCUAGGAACAAGCAGAAACACGGCCUCGAGGACUACGAGCUGGAGGCCUACAACAAACUCAAGAAGACACUCUCUCACAAGUGGGAUUUCAUCACCAUGCAGGCGGACGAGCAGGUUAAACUGGCUAAGGAUCGUAAAAAGGGCGACAAGAUAGUGACGGACUCCCAGGAGCGAGCGUACUGGCGUGUGUACCGACCUCCACCUGGUUUCACGAACUGCCUCGAGAUCGCCCCCGUACCGGAUAAGACGAACAUGGCCAACAGAGUCCGCAAGAAAACUGUAGACGACCUAAAGAAAGAUAAUGAGUUCCUUGCAACGGCGGUCGGUCGCACGCGGCAGAAGGUGUCCCAGGCGGGCGAGAACCUCCUGACCCACUUCGACACGUAUGCUGAAUACGACCCGCAGCUGUCCUGCCCUUUGCCCUCCAACCCGUGGGUCACUGAGGAGAACGUGUACUGGAUUCUAAACAGCCCUAAAGUGGAUACCCUAACUGAGAAACGAGUGCGAAGAUGGGCUAUAUCUAUGGAGGAAUUGCUCAGUGAUCCCACAGGCAAAGAGGAAUUCACAAAUUACUUGCGGAAGGAAUACUGCCACGAGAACAUUCGUUUCUGGGACGCUGUCAACGAGCUAAGAUGGGGACCUGCUUCCGAUGUGGCUGAGAAGGUCCAGAGUAUAUACGAGGAAUUUCUUAAACCCGGGGCACCGUGCGAGAUCAACAUUGACGGGAAGACCAUGGAGAAGACACAGUUGUUGAUGAAGCAGCCGACUCGUUACACCUAUGACUUGGCCUCUGAGCAUGUUUACGUUCUUCUCUUAAAGAAGGAUUGCUACCCAAGGUUCCUCAGGUCCGAGAUGUACAAGAAUCUGAUCGCAACUGCCAUCCCUCUGCCGCCGCACAAGAAAAGGCCCAACUCCAUGCUGGUCCGCCUCAUGGCCCCCUCCAUGAUGCUGGCCUCAGGGCCCGAUGGCCGCGCCGGUCUGCAGAUGUUCCCCUUCAACUUCGGACCGGGCAAGAAGAAAGCGUCGACGGCCUCGGCGCCCAACAACAUCUCUCUGUCGCAGACGCCGCAGCCCCUGAAGCGCCACGGCUCCGACGAGCAGACGGCGGCGCUGGGAGGUGCGGCUCCCCACGGCAGCAGCAGCUCAGUGGGGGACGAAGGAGGACUAGGUAUCCACAUAGGAGGCCCUUCAACCACUAGCAACAAGCUUGAUUGUGAUCCUCCAUAUAGGGGCGAUCUUCCCAGUGCGAGAUAUGUAGGCCAUUGCAAUACAGUGGGGUUAAGCUACGCUUCAGAGAAACAUAGCCUGGUUCCCGUGGAUGUAUCACAGAGUAACACAGUCUGCCCUUGGGAAAGUAACACAGAAACGUCUACCGCCAAUGUCUGCCCCUGGGAGACAAGUGCGCCUCCAACAACUAUGCAGAGUCAGCAGUCAGUCAAAGGCUCCGACCAAAAACUGAGCCACCCCAAGGCACGGCCAGAUCGAUCAAAAUCAGUCGACGUGAGUUCUCUCAGCAAGAGACACGGGUCCGUCUCCGUGGCUCCAAGUCUGGUACCAGUGCUGACCGAGGGCCAGCCGACCACUUCCAUUUGUCCUUGGGAAAAUCAGGAGCUGCCGAAUCGCACAACAGAGAAGUCGAAGUCUAUUGAUGUGGAUGUUUGUCCAUGGGAAGUAAACGAGCCAGUUAAAAAGGCCUCAACCAGCUCCGCUCCUGGGAUGGUCACAGGUGAUUUAUCCAAUUUACAAUCGUCAGGUGCGCUGCAGGCACAACCAGAGCAUGCAGAAAAACCUUCAAAAUCAUCCCCAGGGUCAGGAAGUAGUAUAUCCUUUAGAGAAAGAGGAAGCAAAGAAUCAUCCCGACCUCCUAAUGAAAGAAAAAUUUCCAUACAAGUUUGUCCUUGGGAAAAGGUGGAAGAGGAGAUAGGAGGAGCAGAGACUCAUAGUUCAUGUAUAGUUAGUGAUAAGCCUAUGGGAAGAAGACCAAGUGACACCAUUGAAAAUAGGUUAGAGAAAGCCACAAAACCCAAAGAAAAAUAUGCUAGUACGGGUUCCGAAAGCCAAGUUACCCCUGAGUCUUUGGGAAUGCAAAUGGCCUUGGAGCCCCGCCAAGGGGCAGGCAGUGAAGGAACAUCUUCACCAUCAUCUACAUGUUCAUCAUCAAGCCAUAGCGACUCUCGUCGUAUCAAGAUCGACUACACAGUCAGAUCAGGUCACCUUCCAGGCCAGUAUGGUCUACCCAUCAUCACUACGCCAAUGGGCAACGUCAUACCAUCAUCUCACCAGACUGUGCACGGACACGUUGGUGCCACCCUGAGCAGCGGGAACACAAGCACAAGCAGCAGCAGCAGUGCUGGCGGUGUUCCUCAGACCACUGCGCGAGCAGAGUCUCCAAGAGCUGCCGGAACGCUCCCUUGCCCAGCCGAAGGAGGGAGCAAACCGAAUUCCCCGAAGGUGGCGACCAACGUGGUGGCGCCGUGGGAGGAAAACCCGCAGAAGAUGGCCGACAUCUGUCCCUGGGAAGAUGAUUCACUAACUCCCACUUGGCUCUGAAAGGCUGGCCUGGUGUACCUUAUCUCGCUCGAGGGAAAGCUGCAAGGUUGAUACACCCUUUGUGAAGACCUACGCAACACUGGGUUACUUGUAGCAGAGGUUACACACACUAGCCAAAGCAGGUCCGAGCUGAGUAGCAGCUGAAACCAAGCUGUGAUUGCGGUUUAGUAAUUUUGUACUGAGCCAGGAUGGUACUGGAAGAGAAAAAGAAGGUGGGCAUGGGAAGGAGCUGAAGAUUUGUUAGUAGUUACCCUUCAAGCGUGGAAGAGACUGGAAAGGUGUCGACAGGUCUGGAUGCAGAGAAAGAACAGGGAGAGCACAAACCGUGAGCUUGAAUGAGAAGCAAAGAAUAGCGUCUAGUCAGCAGCACGUCUCCCUGAGGCUGAGUGCCCACAGCUGAGCCCUUGAAAUGCACCGCCAGUGAGGCGUGCACGAGUCAUAGACGACAGGCGAAACUUAUGGACUGUUAAUGAUUUGAGGGCCGUGUAGUCCUAAUGUUGACGGCGCCAAGGAAGAAGAUUAUGACGCAACCAUGUUCCUCGCGUGGGGUCUGCAAAGCAAGGCGUCUCUGACUCCCUUACCUCCAACAGCAUGCACAAUUACCCUUGAAGUGUUAUGAUUUAAAUAACCAUUAGCAAAACAAUUAUAAAGUCAGUAUUAUGACUAGCAUGGUUGGAGUGAGCCUCUCAGAGCCGACUUGCUAAAUUGAGAGGAUGGGUCAGACCUCCGCGAACAUGACCAUCUGAACUGGUGAGCCUUACGUCUCCUUCUUUGGCUGAGGCUUGGAGUUGUAGAAUGGAACGGACUGGCUUGUCGAAAGGAGAUGGAUGAUAUCACUUGUUUGUUGGUUCUGCAAGAAGAAACGAAAGUCGAGGAGUGUGAAGGUGAAUCAUACCUCGGAGUGGAAGGGCAAUUACUCUUACAGGUCCUGAUGCUUCUUAACAUUCCCUUAGGUGAUUAAGAACUCUUGAGCUGGUGAGACCUGUCUUGGCACAAUACAACAUUGAUGCCACAAUCACAUGCUUGUUACCUAGGUGCAAAUUAAUUGUGUAAUAUGUGUUACAUGAAGAUGAUUGACUUUAAGAUCCUGAGACUAGAAGUGGUCAUUGUCCAGCAUUUUGUGCACUGAAAAGUUACAUUUACUUAGUGGAAACUAUUGUAAGCUCUAAGUGGGAAGUAAUGGCAUAUACUGUGAAUUGAAGACAAGUCCUUGGUAAAUAAUUCAUUAUUACAAUAUAGGAAAUUCAACAUGGAUUAGUAUAGCAUUCUUCAGUAUUAGAUCGAAGUGGCACAAAAGUAAAACUAGACAAAAAUCAACAAUUUAAUGUAAUUUAGAUCACCUUUGUAGACUGGUAAAACAUCAAUAGAGAAGCAUAGACUAUUCUUGUUCAUUCCAGUUGUUUUCGAACUAGGGAUGUGACUGAGUCGUAGGCGGCUGAUCGCUAGGUGUGAGUGUGUAUAUAAUUGUUUCAUGUUGUCUUGAGUGGUAUAAUCGUCUGUGCACAGCGCUUCUUCACGUGCGGGUGAGGGCAUAUCUGGGCGAGAGGGCAUGCCUUCAGCUGAGUUCCCAUUACUACUUUUUUUUCUUGAGCUGGGUAACUUUAUCCAAUGUAUAAUUUCCUAAACAUUAAGAGCAGAACAAGAGAAACAUUACGAUAUGGUGUAAACAGCUGAAAUGUUAUCCAUGAGAACGAAAAUGGCAGUUAAGAAAUAAUGAGGUUACACCAUCAGCCACCAGCUGAAGGCAGGGCCAGUAAGUGUUACCAACAAGCUAACAAUGGUACAACGAUACCAAAAAUACCUUAAAUGAAUACCUGUUUACCUUGAUAUUUUCAUAAGAUAUAAUUGUUUGUCUAAUUCUAUUUGUUAUUCAGUUGAAAUAUUAGGCAAAAAUAACAUGUUAAAUUAAACUAGAAAAUGUUAUAGAACCAAAAGCGUAUAUUUUGUAAAUUAGUAUUAACCAGCCAUACAUGGCACUGACGUAUGUAUUUCCAUAAAUGCUUUUCUUAUGUAAAAGUUCAGAUUUUGAGAAAGUAAUGUAAUCAUAAUGCAGAUACGGUUAAUCAGCUGACUAUAUGUAAAUUUACAUAUUAAGGGCUAUUUUACACGCCGAGGGUCAUUUACGAUGACCCUGGUGUAUUUGUUACCAAGUUCUGUCUUAGUCAGCUGCCAUAAUUCAAAGAAAAUAUGAAUAGGUAUUGAAGUGUAAGAGGAGUGUUACUAUUGGUAUAUCAUUUUCACAAAGCAUUAUGUAGAUGAUUCAUAUGUUAAGAUCACUUGACCUUCACCCGUUUGUGCAUGGCCAUAGAAGCCAUUCUCGGUGGACCAAGACAUGCAUCAUAUGCCAGUUGUACAUGUUCAUGGAAGAUUGGCGAUUUCAGGAAGACACCAGUGUUUCCACAUCAGACAGAUCCUGGACAAAAUUGAAGUUUUACUCCUUUCGUAUAAGUUCAAAGUAAGAGCGUGUUUCGCUGGCCUGAUUUGUAUAAUAGAGUAGCGUUCUUGUUUUUUCAGCUAAACGAGGGGGCCCAACACCUCCUGGGAUCGUCAAGCCUUCGAUGCGCUUUUUAUUUCAUUUGCUAUUGUUGCCACCAUACGUGAAGCUAUUUUGAAAUAUGAAUAUGUUUGUAACAAAUACUUGCAACUUUUGUAUUGUUUAAUUGGCAUGAUAUAAGUUUUAAACUUAAGCCUACCAGAGUUGUUGAAAGAAAAUUUAUAUUAAACUUCCUCGAAAAUUUGUGCCAAGGCAAUCGAUUACCGUUUUGUAGCUUAAAUUGUAUAUUUAUACCAAUAAUAUUAUCUCUUUCACUUUUAUGAAAUCACCUUAACUACAGUUCUUUCUAGCAUAGUAUCAUGAUCUUUGUGUUUAUGUGUGAUGUCAGACAGGGCUAAAUCACAUUCUUGUUUUUCACUGCACAGGACAAUAGCUCCAUGUCCCACUAGAUUAAUGCAGUGAUUGCUUAUUUUGCUUUCUAUUGUGCAUCAAGUUUCACUUAUAAAUAAAAUAUAAGUUACUCAUAUGUUA